GACAGGAUUUCCAUGCGUCUGUAGUCUCUGUGCGGGGUGUCAUUUUCAUGCGCCCGUAGCCUGAGUCCAGUUACCCCUGACACUGCAGUCUCCACUGUGUAUUCUCAUUUUCUAUGGUUUUCUGACAUGGCAGCAUGAAACACAUCAAAAAUGCUCACAGGGGACUGACGAUUCAGGACAGAACAGCUGCAAAAGAAACAUUUUUUCCUCGAGCCACAACAAGCAGUCGCUGAAAUCUGGACUUGAACUGCAGCCAGAACUGCUCUGGAGUCCCUGGAAGGAAGAAAGCAGGAAGGAAGGGCGUGGGCCUCCGGGCACAAACCAGGGCUGAGAGUGGGCCAGGCUCCGCUGAGCACCAUUAAUGCUACAGGGACCCCCCCAUGAGGUGCGGAAACUCCCCUUCAUCUACAGAAAACGGUAAUCAGAAGAGUUUCUGUGGAGACAAAACAGCUUCAAUAAGCGCCAAGCAGCUCUUCUGAGAGUGCGUAACGAUGACGACCCAGGCAGCUGGCCUCCUCGUCCUGUUCACAUUCCUUAUCGUCGCUGCUGUGGCACACGCAAAGACGAUGGACAUGUCCUGUAUGGCAGUAGAUGACCAGUUUGUCGGCUGCGAGCACCACAUGAUGCAGGAAGUGAUGGAUCCCCAGGGUUUGCUGGUGAAGGAGCUGAAGGAAAGCAAAGGAUUUAAGGAAGAAUGGAAAAGUAUCACACACGGCAAGGGCAACCUCACCCAGCAGCAUGUCCAGGCGCUGGAGGCCUACAGCAGUGACACAAAAUUCAGGAGAAUGUUCAAUGAGGCCGUGGAGCGGCAGGGCUUGAACAUCAGCACCUACCACCGCAACUUCACAUACAAGUCUCUCCACUUCUUACUGACAGACACGCUGCGCAUACUCAGGCAGGGAUGCCACAUGGUUUACCGAGGCUCGGAGACAAAGUAUCAUGCCAAAGUGGGAUCAGAAGUGCGGUUUGGAAGAUUCACCGCUGUCGUGACCAAAAAAUCUGAAGCUGAAGAAUCAGGUAUUGAUGGCACCGUCUUCGUCAUCAAUUCUUGCUCUGCUGUGAAAAUCGAGGACUAUGUCCGCAAAACCAGUGAGAUUAGCUGGCUAGUUGCUCCGUUUGAGCAGUUCAACGUCACGCGUGUGAGGGACACCGAUGACCACACGGAAAUCACCCUGGAUCAUCAGUCAUUUCAUAGCUUUCACAACUGUUCCAUGUUCAGCUUGGCCAUCUCUCGCCCCCCCCCCAGGGACUUCCCUCCCCGCAGGGACCACAAUUCUUCUGGAAGCGCCGUGACCUUCAGUGCUCCGCUGACAUUGUGCCUCUGUGCAUCACUGUGGGUGCCAACCAAGCUCUUCGUCUGAGGCGAUGGCAGUGCGUGAAGAUUGGCCCAUUUAUUGAACAGAAACAAAAUGAUUCUUUAUAAUAAACAUCCAACGUUUGUAUCUAUGAAUUAGAUUGAAUCUCGAUAAAUGUGACCCUCACCUGACAUUAGUUAGUUUAAUGCAUGCAUAAGCCAGAAUAACCUGCGUAAAGCACGAUCUGCAUGCCCCCCCCCACCGUGCUUGUAAAUGCUGCCACUCAGUUCUGCGGGUGAGUCUGAUUCGCUGCUGUAUCUGCGCAUGCUUUAUAUUCAACUGAGCCACGAUCUGGGACCUGUAUCACAAAGCUGAAUUUCUUAUUUAGCCAAACAUUUAAGGUACCCCAGUAUAAAUGGACUCUAUCUUUGUUUGGUUACAUUUAGCCCAGACUACCUUAAAUGCAACAAGUUAUCUGGUUAUCUUUUUUAAGCAAGAUAUCUUGCUUUAUGAUACAGGACUUUCAUCUGUACCUUUAAAUAUUACACAGCUUGCUUUGUAAAGCAGCAUACCAACCUCUGACUAAUUCUCUUGUGUUACUGGAUUGCAAGGCUUGUAUUUAAUCCUUUGAUUUCACCUUAUCUAACUACUGAAAUUCAUACUGGAAAAUAAAGAAAAUUAAAGAAGUGACACCGUU